AGCUAUUCUUACGACUUUGCCCUGGUAGAGUUGGUCGAGGCAACACCCUUGAAUGACUGCAUCGACGUGGCGUGCUUGCCAAGCGAGGACGUCGUUGACGGUGAGGAGUGCUUCAUCACGGGCUGGGGAACGCUCUCCUCUGGAGGGUCAUCCCCUGACGCGCUGCAGGAGGCGCAGGUGAACAUCGUGAGCAACUCGGACUGCGGCGCUGCCUACGGCAGCGGGAUGAUCACGGACGACAUGUUGUGCGCCCAGGGCGUCAACAGCGCAGGGCAAGUCACCGACGCCUGCCAAGGCGACAGCGGAGGGCCGCUCGUCUGCGCCUCUGGCGGUGGUGCCUACGUCCUUCACGGGGCCACGUCCUGGGGCUCCGGGUGUGCCCAGGCGCAGUACCCCGGAGUUUGGUCUCGGGUCAGCUACGUGCGGGAGUGGAUCGACGAGCUGAUGGGCACGCAGGCGCCGACGCCAGCGCCUCCGCCAACUCCGGCGCCCCCUCCGACGCCCGCGCCACCGCCGACGCCAGCUCCUCUGCACAUGUGGGGGGCCAUCACGGGACCGUGCACGCUGGACGGCACGUGCGUGGAGAGCCCCAACUACCCGCAGAACUACGGCACAGAUGAGGGGUGCACCCUAGAGAUCGACUUGGGGGCUGCAGCGCCGAUCGUGGUGGAGAGCUUCAACACGGAGUCCUACUUCGACACGCUCACGGUCAACGGGGUGUCUUACUCUGGCUCUGUCGGCCCCAGCGGGAUCACCCCGACGGCGGACAUUGUCUGGUCCUCCGACUUCAGUAUCGGGAGCAGCGGCUGGAGGCUGUGCCAGGGUGUGGCGCCCACGCCAGAGCCACCAACGCCGGCACCCCCUCCGACGCCAGCGCCACCUCCAACGCCCGCCCCGCCGCCGACUCCGGCGCCCCUGUGCGGGGCAAAGGGUCCCGACGACACCCCGUGGGAGGCGCGCAAAGAGCGCAUCGUGGGUGGACAGCCCGCCUCGCCGUGCGAGUGGCCUUGGCAGGUCUCCCUGAAUGCCGGGUAUCACUUCUGUGGAGGAACGCUCAUUGCCCCGACGUGGGUUCUGACAGCUGCCCACUGUGUGGGGGGUUCUUUCUCGAUCGUGCUGGGCAGCUACAGCAAGUCCACGACGGAUGCGACCGAGGUAGUACUGCAGGUGCAGCAAGUGCAUUCGCAUCCAUGGUAUAGCUCCUCGAGCUAUUCUUACGACUUUGCCCUGGUAGAGUUGGUCGAGGCAGCACCCUUGAAUGACUGCAUCGACGUGGCGUGCUUGCCAAGCGAGGACGUCGUUGACGGUGAGGAGUGCUUCAUCACGGGCUGGGGAACGCUCUCCUCUGGAGGGUCAUCCCCUGACGCGCUGCAGGAGGCGCAGGUGAACAUCGUGAGCAACUCGGACUGCGGGCUGCUACGGCAGCGGGAAUGAUCACGGAGACAUGUUGUGCGCCCAGGGCGUCAACAGCGCAGGGCAAGUCACCGACGCCUGCCAAGGCGACAGCGGAGGGCCGCUCGUCUGCGCCUCUGGCGGUGGUGCUUACGUCCUUCACGGGGCCACGUCCUGGGGCUCCGGGUGUGCCCAGGCGCAGUACCCCGGAGUUUGGUCUCGGGUCAGCUACGUGCGGGAGUGGAUCGACGAGCUGAUGGGCACGCAGGCGCCGACGCCAGCGCCUCCGCCAACGCCAGCGCCCCCUCCGACGCCCGCGCCCCCCCCCCCCCCCCCACACCCCCCCACCCACCGCCGACGCCAGCUCCUCUGCACAUGUGGGGGGCCAUCACAGGACCGUGCACGCUGGACGGCACGUGCGUGGAGAGCCCCAACUACCCGCAGAACUACGGCACAGAUGAGGGGUGCACCCUAGAGAUCGACUUGGGGGCUGCAGCGCCGAUCGUGGUGGAGAGCUUCAACACGGAGUCCUACUUCGACACGCUCACGGUCAACGGGGUGUCUUACUCUGGCUCUGUCGGCCCCAGCGGGAUCACCCCGACGGCGGACAUUGUCUGGUCCUCCGACUUCAGUAUCGGGAGCAGCGGCUGGAGGCUGUGCCAGGGUGUGGCGCCCACGCCAGAGCCACCAACGCCGGCACCCCCUCCGACGCCAGCGCCACCUCCAACGCCCGCCCCGCCGCCGACUCCGGCGCCCUUGUGCGGGGCAAAGGGUCCCGACGACACCCCGUGGGAGGCGCGCAAAGAGCGCAUCGUGGGUGGACAGCCCGCCUCGCCGUGCGAGUGGCCUUGGCAGGUCUCCCUGAAUGCUGGGUAUCACUUCUGUGGAGGAACGCUCAUCGCUGAAAAGUGGGUGCUCACAGCUGCCCACUGUGUUGGGGGGUCCUUCUCUGUCGUGGCGGGUCUUCACAGCCAGUCCACGACAGAUUCGGACCAGGUGGUGCUCCAGGUGCAGCGAGUGCAUUCGCAUCCAUGGUAUGACUCUUCGAGCUAUUCAUGGGAUUUUGCCCUGGUGGAGUUGGUCGAGGCUGCUCCCUUGAAUGACUGCAUCGGUCCAGCGUGCUUGCCAAAUGAGGCCAUUGCUGCUGGUGAGGAGUGCUUCAUCACUGGCUGGGGGCGCCUUUUCUCUGGAGGGUCCUCCCCUGACUUGUUGCAGGAGGCGCAGGUGAACACGCUCAGCAACUCAGAGUGUGGCGCCAUCUGGGGCACUGGGUACAUCACCGAUGACAUGCUGUGCGCGCAGGGCGUCAACAGCGCCGGAGAAUUCACCGGUGGAUGCAACGGAGACAGCGGAGGGCCGCUCGUCUGUGCUCCAGCCAGCAGCGGGAGCGGCGCGUACGUCCUCCACGGUGCCACGUCGUGGGGCUCCACCGAGUGUGGAGUCCAGGGGUACCCCACGGUCUACAGUCGGGUCAGCUACGUGCGCGAGUGGAUCGACGAGCUGAUGGGCACGCAGGCGCCGACGCCAGCGCCUCCGCCAACGCCAGCGCCCCCUCCGACGCCCGCGCCACCGCCGACGCCAGCUCCUCUGCACAUGUGGGGGGCCAUCACAGGACCGUGCACGCUGGACGGCACGUGCGUGGAGAGCCCCAACUACCCGCAGAACUACGGCACAGAUGAGGGAUGCACCCUAGAGAUCGACUUGGGGGCUGCAGCGCCGAUCGUGGUGGAGAGCUUCAACACGGAGUCCUACUUCGACACGCUCACGGUCAACGGGGUGUCUUACUCUGGGUCUGUCGGCCCCAGCGGGAUCACCCCGACGGCGGACGUUGUCUGGUCCUCCGACUUCAGUAUCGGGAGCAGCGGCUGGAGGUUGUGCCAGGGUGUGUCACCCACGCCAGCCCCACCGACGCCAGCGCCCCCUCCGACGCCAGCGCCCCCUCCAACGCCCGUCCCGCCGCCGACUCCGGCGCCCUUGUGCGGAGCGAAGGGUCCUGACGACACCCCGUGGGAAGCGCGCAAAGAGCGCAUCGUGGGGGGGCAGGCCGCCACGCCGUGCGAGUGGAAGUGGCAGGUCUCCCUCUCGUCCUCGUACCACUUCUGUGGCGGAACGCUCAUUGCCCCGACGUGGGUUCUGACAGCUGCCCACUGUGUGGGGGGUUCUUUCUCGAUCGUGCUGGGCAGCUACAGCAAGUCCACGACGGAUGCGACUGAGGUAGUACUGCAGGUGCAGCAAGUGCAUUCGCAUCCAUGGUAUAGCUCCUCGAGCUAUUCUUACGACUUUGCCAUGGUAGAGUUGGUCGAGGCAGCACCCUUGAAUGACUGCAUCGACGUGGCGUGCUUGCCAAGCGAGGACGUCGUUGACGGUGAGGAGUGCUUCAUCACGGGCUGGGGAACGCUCUCCUCUGGAGGGUCAUCCCCUGACGCGCUGCAGGAGGCGCAGGUGAACAUCGUGAGCAACUCGGACUGCGGCGCUGCCUACGGCAGCGGGAUGAUCACGGAUGACAUGUUGUGCGCCCAGGGCGUCAACAGCGCAGGGCAAGUCACCGACGCCUGCCAAGGCGACAGCGGAGGGCCGCUCGUCUGCGCCUCUGGCGGUGGUGCCUACGUUCUUCACGGGGCCACGUCCUGGGGCUCCGGGUGUGCCCAGGCGCAGUACCCCGGAGUCUGGUCUCGGGUCAGCUACGCACGUGACUGGAUCGACGAGCUGAUGGGCAUGACGCAGGCGCCGACGCCGGCGCCUCCGCCAACGCCAGCGCCCCCUCCGACGCCAGCGCCACCGCCGACGCCAGCUCCUCUGCACAUGUGGGCGGCCAUCACGGGACCGUGCACGCUGGACGGCGUCUGCGUUCAGAGCCCCAAUUACCCGCAGAACUACGGAACAGAUGAGGGGUGCACCUUGGAGAUCGACUUUGGGGCUGCAGCGCCGAUCGUGGUGGAGAGCUUCAGCACGGAGUCGUACUUCGACACGCUCACGGUCAAUGGGGUGUCUUACUCUGGCUCUGUCGGCCCCAGCGGGAUCACCCCGACGGCGGACAUUGUCUGGUCCUCCGACUUCAGUAUCGGGAACAGCGGCUGGAGGCUGUGCCAGGGCGUGGCGCCCACGCCAGCCCCACCGACGCCAGCGCCCCCUCCGACGCCAGCGCCCCCUCCGACGCCCGUCCCGCCGCCGACUCCGGCGCCCUUGUGCGGAGCGAAGGGUCCUGACGACACCCCGUGGGAAGCGCGCAAAGAGCGCAUCGUGGGGGGGCAGGCCGCCACGCCGUGCGAGUGGAAGUGGCAGGUCUCCCUCUCGUCCUCGUACCACUUCUGUGGCGGAACGCUCAUUGCCCCGACGUGGGUUCUGACAGCUGCCCACUGUGUGGGGGGUUCUUUCUCGAUCGUGCUGGGCAGCUACAGCAAGUCCACGACCGAUGCGACCGAGGUAGUACUGCAGGUGCAGCAAGUGCAUUCGCAUCCAUGGUAUAGCUCCUCAAGCUAUUCUUACGACUUUGCCCUGGUAGAGUUGGUCGAGGCAGCACCCUUGAAUGACUGCAUCGACGUGGCGUGCUUGCCAAGCGAGGACGUCGUUGACGGUGAGGAGUGCUUCAUCACGGGCUGGGGAACGCUCUCCUCUGGAGGGUCAUCCCCUGACGCGCUGCAGGAGGCGCAGGUGAACAUCGUGAGCAAUUCGGACUGCGGCGCUGCCUACGGCAGCGGGAUGAUCACGGAUGACAUGUUGUGCGCCCAGGGCGUCAACAGCGCAGGGCAAGUCACCGACGCCUGCCAAGGCGACAGCGGAGGGCCGCUCGUCUGCGCCUCUGGCAGUGGUGCCUACGUUCUUCACGGGGCCACGUCCUGGGGCUCCGGGUGUGCCCAGGCGCAGUACCCCGGAGUCUGGUCUCGGGUCAGCUACGCACGUGACUGGAUCGACGAGCUGAUGGGCAUGACGCAGGCGCCGACGCCGGCGCCUCCGCCAACGCCAGCGCCCCCUCCGACGCCAGCGCCACCGCCGACGCCAGCUCCUCUGCACAUGUGGGCGGCCAUCACGGGACCGUGCACGCUGGACGGCGUCUGCGUUCAGAGCCCCAAUUACCCGCAGAACUACGGAACAGAAGAGGCGUGCACCUUGGAGAUCGACUUUGGGGCUGCAGCGCCGAUCGUGGUGGAGAGCUUCAGCACGGAGUCGUACUUCGACACGCUCACGGUGAACGGGGUGGCCUACUCUGGCUCCAGUAGCCCCAGCGGGAUCACCCCGACGGCGGACAUCUUCUGGUCCUCGGACUUCAUCAUCGUUCAAAGCGGCUGGAGGCUGUGCCCAGCCGCGGCGCCCACGCCCGCGCCCCCGCCCGCGCCCUGCUCGUCGCUCGACGGAGAGUCGCCGAGCAAGGCCACCUCGUGCUUGUGCGGCGAGGCGCGUUGUGGGGUCGGCGACUACUGCCACGCGGCUGCCAGCGCGUGCGUCUCGCCGUGGAGCCUGCUGAUCGGCAGCGGCUACUGCAGGGACGACGCGUGCACCGACCCGUCGAGUUGCGCUCACCCCUGGUCCACCGUGACGUCUUGCGCCACCUUCGAAGACUGCCAGCACUCGUGCGCGGGGAGCGGAACAUGCACUGGAUUCGCGUGGACAGAGGUUCCGUCCGGCGCGUUCAGCUCCGACUGGGACGGCUGCAUUGCAGCCGGACUACCACGGUGCGUCGUCUACCAGGGCUUCGGGAUUCCGACCCGCACGACCAGCUACGCCCAGCAGUACCAGUGCUACACGCUGGGGGCCGUCAACACCCAAACGCUGACGUCGACGACAGAAGCGACCGCGACAGAGACGAGCUCGACCACUAUCUCGGAGACCACCACCCUCACUUCCACCAGCGACACUUCCACCAUGACCUACUCCAUCACCACCAUGACCUCCUCCAUCACAACGACCUCCUCUACUAUAACCUCCUCGACAGCUACGUCCACUGUCAGUCUCACAACCACCUCCUCUUCCACCUCGUCGACCAUGACGAGCACCACGACCCCGCUGUUCGUGGUGAGGAGCUCGUUGGCGUUCGAGAGCACCGGGAUUCUGUCCGACGUCGAGG